AUGCCGUUUGGGUUGACGAACACCUCAGCUACUUUCAUGGACCUGAUGAACUGGGUGUUCAGAGAGUAUUUAGAUCACUUCGUAAUUGUCUUCAUCGAUGACAUCCUGGUGUAUUCGCGGAGUACUGAAGAGCAUGAGAGACACUUAAGGAUAGUGCUCCAGACUUUCAGAGACCACGAGUUGUACGCUAAGUUCAGUAAGUGUGAGUUUUGGCUAACUCGUGUGGCUUUUAUAGGUCAUGUUAUCUUUGGAGAAGGAAUCUCAAUGGACCUAUCCAAGGUUGAAGCAGUGAUCAACUGGUUGAGACCGACUACAGUGAUAGGGGUCAGAAGUUUUCUGGGUUUAGCGGGGUAUUACAGACGGUUUGUAGAAGGGUUUUCAGUAUUAGCAUCGCCGAUGACGAGACUGCUGAGGAAGGAAGAAAAGUUUGUAUGGUCAGAUAAGUGUGAGCGCAGUUUCCAAGAGCUCAAACAAAAGCUAACUACCGCACAUGUACUUACUAUUCCAUCUGGUCCAGGAGGAUUUGAGAUCUAA